AUGCCAUCUCAUUCCACAGGCAAGUUUGCUGAGCACCCUGCCAGUGCUGUUGGACCAGUCGCAUUUGACCGAUGUCACACUGAUAGCCGAGGGCCGAAACAUCAAGGCGCACCGAGUGGUGCUGAGCGCUUGCAGCAGCUUCUUCUCGGAACUUUUUCGAAGUCUCGAUGGGCCGCCCGUUUAUCCGGUGAUUGUUCUGCCAGGUGCAUCCUUCCAGGCGGUCGUGGCCCUGCUCACGUUCAUGUACUCGGGCGAAGUAAAUGUGUACGAGGAGCAAAUUUCGACCCUCCUAUCGCUGGCGGAAACGCUCGGAAUCAAAGGAUUGGCCGAUGUUAGUGGGAAUUCACAAAAGUCCAGCACGCCAACGACUGAGACAUCGUCACGAGAGUCUGAAAUUCCUUCACCAUAUCAAGGAAUCAAAUUGGAAUCCCCCGGAGAGCCGUACUUUUCUCGACCAUUCAACCUACAUUCGCCGUUUUUUCCUCAGGCACUAAAUCUUGCGACACACAAUAGCAAUGCCAACAACAACAACAACAGCAGCAACAAUGGGAACACUCACGGUGUAUCCAAUGGUAGCAUAAGCAGCAACAACAAUAACAAUACGAACAGCUCCAACGCAAAUAAAUCGGCAGAGCUAUUCUCUAGAUUCCUUCCGCAGAAGUGUGAUAUGAUGCCAAACGAAGCGCUUUGGAAGAUGAAUGAGGCAAACGAGGCUAUAAAUAGAGACAAAAAACCUGGUAACAACAACAGUCCCAGCGAUAGCAACUUAGAGGAUCGACAAUCUGUCAAUGCUAAUAAUAAGAACAACAUUGGCCAGGCGAGCGAAAAACAAAACAUGGCACGGAGCGACAUGGUCGUCGACGCCACUUGUGGCAAUCCUAAAUUUAAUCUAGACCGAAGUCAUCACUCCCUCCCCGAUUCUGCUCCCACCACUCCCUCCAGCAAUCCAGACGAGCAACGGACCCAUUCGUCAUUGAACGCUGUCAGUACACCGACGAAAAAAUCCACCAACCAGGAAAGCAAACGGAAGAAGAUUGACAAAAUUGCGGAAGAUCUUCGAUCUCAAACCACUGCUUCGGCUGCAGUAGCAGCGGCGGCCCUCAACAAACACUUGCUACAGUCACUAAAAUUUUCCCCAGGGGCGCAAUCUCUCUCCCCGCUGCACCUGUUUAGCAAACCACCUACCGCAACUCCUGUUAGCAGUCAACAACCGUCCUUUCUAGCCCAUCACUUUCUGACCAAUGAAUCAGCUUCCAAGACCCCCGAGAGUCUCAUACUGGAAUCUUCCCAUCCAAGUCCCGGUGGUGGUCUACUGAACAAUCUUGGCGAUUCGCCAAUGCCAUCUUCGCCGUGUUCAUCCGCAACGACGAUAACGCCAUCGAUGGCACUGGACAUGGCCGUCGGAGGUGGUGGUUCGUCAAUCAGCAGCAACAGCAUGCUCAAGAUGGGCUCCGUGCUCGGUUCCAGUGUACCCGGUGGAGGCCCCACAAAUGUGCCCACCAAACCGUAUGCCACGUGCUUCAUCUGCAACAAGCAGCUUAGCAACCAGUACAAUCUGCGAGUGCAUCUGGAAACGCACCAGAAUGUUAGGUAUGCUUGCACAGUGUGUUCGCAUGUAUCCCGCAGUAAAGAUGCGCUUAGGAAACACGUGUCCUAUCGCCACCCAGGAACACCUAGCCCAUGUGAUUCAGAUACGAAGAGAAAACGAACCAAAACUAGCGCCAAUCAAACAGUUGUCAAACAAGAAAUGCUCACGGAAACAUCUCCAGUAGCUCAAAUGAUCAAGCAAGAGAUCCUUGGCGAUCAAUCGUCAAUUUUGUGCAGCGGCCAACAACAACAACAACAGCAACAACCACAGCAGCAGCAGCAACAAUUUCAACUUACUCCAGCUCAACAUCACCUCAACAAUCAACUCCUAGCCAAUUUGACUUCCCAGACGAAUUCGAUCGUCUCAAUUCCGAGCUUCCUGCAACAGGCUGCAUCCAUCCAAAACGCUUUCUCUUCAAAGACACUGCAACUUUUCAGCACAUCUUCCAUAACCAGUUCAUUGGCAUCUCAGAUGCCCCACCUUACCCUACCUUGCAACAAUAGCAACAACAAUACCACAAAUAACAGCUCACAGAUAACCCAACCAAAAGACCUCAGUAGCGGAACUACGGUAUCAGAUCCUUCCAAUCGAUCUCCUACCCCUAUGGAUGUAUCCAAAGUGAACGGCUCAAUGGAAAGCAUGGACGAUACCAACAUCAAAGACGAAGAGCCUAAAGCGACAACUCCGGUGCCAUAGAAAGCUAGUCACGUCCAUAAAUCGCGCAUGAAUGGUCGCUCCAAUAUCGGUGCCUUAGACUUAACUAAAUAAGUAGCAAAGAAAUUCGAAUGAAACCAAUUUUGAAAAGACAUUAAUUUAACGUUACCGAAUAAGCUAUCUACAUACACAGGCAAAAUGCACAGUAGUCAAUACCCCCUGAAAAUAAUGACAAACUUUUAUUUCCUUCACACUUUUGUUUAAUCUUUUUCCCUAGCUGUGAUAGUUGAUCGAUCGUAUAGACUUUAUCUGAACAAUAAUGCAACAAAAAUCCGCUGGUUUUCCCUCAGUAAUAAUAAUUCACGAAGACAUUUUCAUAUCCAGUUUAAAUUCAACUUCGACGAAAAUUGUUUCUUUUUUUAUGUUUCAUGUCUGCCUCCUGAUCUAAACCGUUUGGAGGAAUUGAUUUUAGACACUCUUUUUUUACACACGCACUUUGCACCUCUAGACACUCUUUACCUGUAAAAGACACCAACUGUCCCGGCCUCUUUGUACAAAAAAAAAUAUAAAAGGUGCCUCUAUUUAUAAAUCAAUCAAAACGAUCUUCAUGUACCAGUGCCUUUUUCUCAUGAUGAAGCUAAUGUUUAGGACAUAGCACAAAUCAAAAUCUAGCCUAAUAAUAUUUUUAGAUUCAUUUUUAAACAAUUUUAUCUUUAAAUUAAAAAAAAAACAUUAAUGAAAAGAUGCGAAACUUGAAAAAGACAAUACCAAGUAGGACAUUUGAUUUUAAAUUAUCCUUAUAUAUGAACAAAAGAAAAGAACACGCCGAGUAGUGGAAUGUCCAAUGUUAGCGAUGCCACUAUAGAGCGAUUAAUAGUUUUAGAGAAAAUGUUACCACUCCUGUUUUAUUUCAUAACUUGUUAGUGAAACUAACCUACGAUAAAUGCAAUAUAAUUAUCUAUGUAAGUUAAGACAAAAUGACACAUUUGAAGUUUUUUUUUACUAUUAUUGAAAUGUUAAUACUUUAAGGAUUGUUUGUUCUUUUAAAUGCUAUGUACUGCAAUAAAACACCGACAUUAUUUGAAGGAAAAAUCAAUAAAAUAU